GUUGUUGCGUAAGACCUGGGCACAGGAGAACAGAAUCUUAAGCAGUUGGCUCAACAACAUUUUUGUUAUAUAUUUAGCUUAUGAUGACACGGAGGCAGUAGGUCGUUUUGUCGCAGGGGUGUAGAUUUUGCGUGAUUUUGCCCCGUUAUUUUGUCCUAUUUGGUUUAUUGCUGCGAUGAAACCCCGGAGUAAAUAAGUGCUCUAACAAAAAAAAAGAAGGCGCUGCUAACAGCUAGCUAAUGAAGUGCUUUCUACUUGUCGUUCUCUCAAUGCUGCUUGUCUCCAGACGAGGGGAGCUUUGAGAGCACCAUGUCCUGCUCUGGCAACUUGAUUUGGGAUGUGAGGAAACGCUCCAUCGGUUACAGCGAUCCUAACGUUUUCCGAGCGAACUAUUUAGGCAGAAGAGAAUUUGUGCAGCGUCUGAAGCUUGAAGCUAUACUUAAAGUGCACGAUGGCUGUGUUAACACCAUAUCUUGGAAUGACACAGGAGAGUACAUCUUAUCAGGAUCCGAUGACACUAAUUUGGUCAUCACAAACCCCUACAACAGAAAGGUCAAAACAACAAUUCGGUCAGGUCACCGGGCCAACAUUUUCAGUGCAAAAUUCAUGCCCCACACUAACGACCAGCAGAUUGUGUCCUGUUCAGGAGACGGCAUCAUCUUCUACACACACACAGAGAAGAGUCCAGACAUCAACAGGCAGUGCCAGAUGACCUGCCACUAUGGAACUGCAUAUGAGAUAAUGACAGUACCAAAUGACCCGUACACCUUCCUGUCCUGUGGGGAGGAUGGCACAGUUAGGUGGUUUGACCUGCGCAUGAAGACAAGCUGCACAAAAGAGGACUGUAAAGAUGAUAUUUUGAUUAAUUGCCGGAGAGCUGCUACCUCGAUAGCCAUUUCUCCCCUUGUGCCGUACUACCUUGCUGUGGGAUGCUCAGACAGUUCAGUAAGAAUCUAUGACCGAAGAAUGCUUGGUACUAGAGCUACAGGUAACUACAUGGGGCGAGGGACAACAGGUAUGUGUGUGCGAUUUGUACCUGCCCACUUGUCCAACAAGUCCUGCCGUGUGACAUCCCUAUGCUACAGUGGUGAUGGACAGGAGGUUCUGGUCAGCUACUCGUCCGACUACAUCUACCUGUUUGACCCCAAAGAUGACCAGGCCCGAGAGCUGAAGGGUCCAUCUGAGGAAAGGAGAGAGGAGCUGAAGCAACCCCCGGUCAAGCGAUUGCGCCUGAGAGGAGACUGGUCAGACACUGGACCCCGUGCUCGACCCGAGAGCGAAAGAGAAAGAGAUGGAGAACAGAGCCCCAAUGUGUCUCUGAUGCAGAGGAUGUCAGACAUGUUAUCACGUUGGUUUGAGGAGGCCAGCGAGGCCCAGAGCAGCAGAACUCGUCCCCAAACUCGGCCCAGAGGUGUGACAGCUCGGACACUGGGAACAGCUGCAGCUUCAGAGAGCCGCUCUCAGGAGUCUCUGGGGGCUGAAGGCCCCAUGGAGGUGGAGUCUGCUACCUCUGACCAUUCCUCCCCACCUGCCUCGGACUCAGCCCCAGCCCAGGCCUCAGCCUCAGCCACAGCCCCAGCCACAGCCCCAGCCUCAGCCUCAGCCUCAGCCACAGCCCCAGCCUCAGCCUCAGCCUCAGCCUCGGCACAACCUCUCCCCAAAUCCAUCUCCUCCUCCUCUUCAGGCUCUUCUUCCACUGUGACAGUUCUGCCUCCCUCCACCUCUUCCUCUAUGGACAACACUGCCUCCUCCCCUUCCUUGCUGUCCUCUCCAGACUCAGAAGAGCAGAAGAGCCAACCUGAGGUGAUGACUUCCAGGUCAUCCACACCUACCCCUUCCACAGAGCCUGUUCUGUCUGAAUAUGGUCCCCGCAGACUCCCGGUAAGUUUAGUGUGUAGACGUUUGCAGAGGCUGCUGCUUCUGGCUGACCCCCCUGGGCAAGGCCAGCGUUCAGCCUCUCGUGCCUCAGACAGCCGAGCCCAGGGCCCUGAUGCACAGACCCGCCCACCAGCAGAUUCCCCUUCGUCUGCAGUAAACAAACAGCUUGGAUCCAUGACUCUGGAUGAGCAGCCUGGAAGCACUGAAGCAUCAGGGAAUGUUUGCUGUGAUAUGAGUGCAAGUAUCAGCCAGGCUUGUGCUGAAGAUGGCACUGGAACCGGCUCCUCCACUCCUGCUGCUGAAGGUAGCAGUGAAGCCAUCUCCUCCACUCCUGCUGCUGAAGGUAGCAGUGAAGCCAUCUCCUCCACUCCUGCUGCUGAAGGUAGCAGUCGAGUCUGCUCUUCAACUCCAGCUGCUGAAGGAAGCAGUGAAGCCAUCUCCUCCACUCCUGCUGCUGAAGGUAGCAGUGAAGCCAUCUCCUCCACUCCUGCUGCUGAAGAUAGCAGUCGAGUCUGCUCUUCAACUCCAGCUGCUGAAGAUGGAGCUAGCAGUGGCAGUGGGACUGGAGGAGUGGGCUCUGGCACUGGGCGAGUGGCUACAGCAGCAGGCAAACCUGAGCCCGUCCUGAGCCUGCAUUACAGCACAGAGGGCACCACCACCAGCACCAUCAAAUUAGACUUCACAGAUGAAUGGAGUAAUCUAGCAUCUGGCUCCAGAACUGGUGGUGGAGGACAAAAGCCUGCUCAAGCGCGGGAGAAUCAGGAGCCUGCAUCCGGAAGCCCAGAACAGGCAUUAGCAGAGUCAGUGCCAGAGGAGAGUGAGAGCUCAGAGAGUGGCGCUGAGAGGGCCUCGGGAAGCUCUCAGGGAAGCAGACUGCUGUAUGGCCCAGCCAUUUCAGAGAAUCCAUCAGCAGCAGAAGGUUGCAAGAGGACUGAACCAGGUGGGGAGGGCACUCAGGGUUCCACUCAACCCUCACGCAGUAACCAAGACUCGGAUGACAGCGAUGAUGACCCGAUUCUCAUCCCCUCAGCCAGGUACAGAGGAGCUCAGGGACAAAGGUUUAAUUUCAGAGGCUCUGCAAUAGGUGAUAGGAUGAUCAGGCGCUCAGCAGCAGCCCGUAUCCAGGAGCUCCUGCGCAGGAGAAAGGAAAGGCGUGAGAUGGAGGAGAGCGAGACCCAGAACAUCAGGCGCCCUUCAGUCAAAAUGAUGUACAAGGGCCACCGCAACUCCAGAACCAUGAUAAAGGAGUCAUGUUUUUGGGGAAAUAACUUUGUCAUGAGUGGCUCGGACUGCGGCCAUAUUUUCAUCUGGGACAGACAUACAGGAGAGCACCUGAUGCUUCUGGAGGCUGAUAAUCAUGUAGUUAACUGUCUGCAGCCUCACCCUUACGACCCAAUUCUUGCCUCAUCUGGAAUUGACUAUGACAUCAAAAUCUGGUCCCCACUUGAGCAGUCACCUUCGUUUAACAGAGACCUUGCUGACGAGGUGAUAGCUCGUAAUGAACUGAUGCUGGAAGAGACAAGAAACACCAUUACUGUCCCUGCCUCCUUCAUGCUUCGAAUGCUGGCCUCACUCAAUCACCUCCGAACAGACCGAUCCGAGGGUUCUGGACAAGAGAACGAAGAUGAGCAGUAGCACUGCUGUGAUUCUACCCCCCACCUCACCCCAUCCCAUCCCCCCAAUCAAUCAGUGUCAUUUGCUUUAAAACAGUUGAAUAUUUGAGAUUUGUACAGGCUGUGUAGAAUAUUCCCUUGUUAGGUCCAUUUGUAGUAAUCAUUUUUUUUAAAGUUGACUAUUCUACUGAUUACUUCACAUGGGAGUAAAUCGUACCUGUGAGGAAAGACGAAUAAAUUGCAGUAUAUAAAAAUAUAUAAAUAUAUAAUAUAUAAAAUGUGACAGAGGUAGCUAGAUGAUGGGUGCUUGAGAAUAUUUAAAUGCAAUACUUCUGUUGUGCAAAUGGUCUAGCUUUGAGCAGUGUUAUGUGUGAAAUUUUCUAGUUUUGUAGACCUGGAGUUAUGCAUGACACACAUAAAAUCAUGCUUUAAGUUUCUGUUCCUUAAAAAAGGGUUGCUACAAUAUCAAUUGUCAAUUUUCCUUGUGUGGUUUGUCUAGACUACAUUGCUUUUUAAAAUAUGAUUUCCACAUUUGUUCAUUUGUUCUUCCGGGCACCUCCGAUAGAAUCAAAUACUUCAUAAGGUUUCAAAUAUGAAAGUCUGCAUUGUUGAGAGACAUGGAUUCGUUGAUGCGCACUGGAUGUGUAAAAUGAAAUGAGAGUGGGCAGGCAUGUGAGUGGGUAGGUUUUUUAAGAAGACCUUUGAAAAGUUCAGCCCACUGCUGUCUUUUCAAGUGGUUGUCCUCAGUGAUAAAUGGCAGAGCAAUGCUAAAAGUGUUUGUCUGCUAACAGGACAGAUGGUAUUUGUUUUGGCAGCUGGUGGCCCGAGUGCGCUGCUAAAAGGUCACUGAUUACAGGGAAUCAGACAAAAUGGUUCUCCCUCACUACUCCAUUUCCCCCCUGUUGCUUUAAACCAGUCAUUGCACACCAUUCAGGAAUGUGAACCGUCUCCUGUUCAGCCACCAGUUUCAGAAUCACGAGAGGUUUAGGUACAUUCAAAGUACACAGGUCUAGAGGAGAAUAUGAAUAUUUAUGGUAUUGAAUGUGCCGUGAUCAUUAUGGACAUGGAAUAGUCACUUUUAAAUGAUUUAAUAUAUACAAAUGGAUAAUCAAUCUUUGGGAUUGUAAUAAACCAAUACAAGAAA